CCGCCCCGCGGCGGGACCUACCACCCGGCGCCGAGCGGGAGGGGGGAAACGGCGCCCGCCGCCGCCGGGAGGCCGGGAGGAGCCCCAGCGCCCCCCCGCCCGGCUCGUGGCGGCGCCGGCGCCCACGCCGCGGCGGCCCCACCCUUCUCGGCCCUCGGCUGCCCGGGCGGCGUUCGCUCUGCUGGUGGAUGCUGCGCCUGUCGGAGCGGAACAUGAAGGUGCUCCUCGCCGCCGCCCUCAUCGUGGGCUCGGUCUUCUUCCUGCUGCUGCCGGGACCCUCCGCGGCCGACGAGAAGAAGAAGGGGCCCAAAGUCACCGUCAAGGUGUACUUUGACCUACGAAUUGGAGAUGAAGAUGUGGGCAGAGUGGUCUUCGGUCUCUUUGGAAAGACUGUUCCAAAAACAGUGGAUAAUUUCGUGGCCUUAGCUACAGGAGAGAAAGGAUUUGGCUACAAAAACAGCAAAUUCCAUCGUGUAAUCAAGGACUUCAUGAUCCAGGGCGGAGACUUCACCAGGGGAGAUGGCACAGGAGGAAAGAGCAUCUACGGCGAACGCUUCCCCGACGAGAACUUCAAGCUGAAGCACUACGGGCCUGGCUGGGUGAGCAUGGCCAACGCAGGCAAAGACACCAACGGCUCCCAGUUCUUCAUCACCACGGUCAAGACGGCCUGGCUAGACGGCAAGCAUGUGGUGUUUGGCAAAGUUCUAGAGGGCAUGGAUGUGGUGCGGAAGGUGGAGAGCACCAAGACAGACAGUCGUGACAAGCCCCUGAAGGACGUGAUCAUUGCAGACUGUGGCAAGAUCGAGGUGGAGAAGCCCUUUGCCAUUGCCAAGGAGUAGGGCACCAGGGACCCGUCCAUUUGAGCAACUGUCUGUGCAGGCCCUGUUGCCUCCGUGGGGGUGAAGAUAGUCUGCCACGGGGCUCUGUGCGGCCCUAGCCCUAGAGCUGGCAUCUGACGGCGCGGACCCACUCCCCUCACAUUCCACAAGCCCACGGGUCCAGUUUUUAACAAACUCCUACCAACACUGACCAAUAAAAAGAGAUGUGGGUUUUUUAUAAA